AUGCCGCGCGCAUUUAUUUUCGGCGAUUUGCAUCCAUUCUUUUUUUUUUUUUUUUUUGCGUUUAUAAAAAAAGUAAGGCGGGAAGAAAGGAAAUACGUGUGGCGGGUGAGGGACGCUCGAAUAAUGGUGUCAUUUCUUCCUUUGGCUUGUUUUUUUAUCAUGUUCCAGUUGUUUUUUCCGUUCUAUUUUGCUGCUGCAACGCGGCUCAACUCGUUCACUGUGGUUGUUUUGGAGGAUCAGGCGGCUGAAGCACUUCGGAAGGCACCUGACGGCGCAUUCCUUCAAACCCCCUCUUAUCUUGUACAGCUUUCCUCCCACUGGACGGUGGUGGAAAGAAAUGUGUUUGGCAGUGACUCACCGGACGUGGAGGAAAAAGGAGGACAAAUGUUGCACUGUCGCUUGCCCCGUUCACAAACCCAAGAGAUGGUGGCCUCACUUGAGAAAAGUUACAUGAAGUUUCACCAGGGGCGGGUGCGGGCGGCCAUCUGGAAAUGGCUGCUGGACUUAACCCACAGGGACGGCUGCGUGUUUGGUGAUGGCGAAGGGACGCUUACUGGGGUCUCUGAAUGGUACUUGUUUUGUCCGCAUGGUCUAAUUCGAAAGGUGAACCGGACUGCUGUGGCAGCCCUCUAUGACGUCUCCCCGUCAGAAUUGCCACGGGUCGUUAAAAAAUUGGUGCAACGAUACCGUGGAAGUGGCGAAAAGAUGGGACGCGGAAACACAUUGGACAAGUGGACUUCUGUCAUUGGAAAGUACAAAAAACACAUAACACAGCCGUACUGGGAUGCAAAUCGAAGGGCCUGGGGGCUCACUUAUCCAACCGAUCGAGUUUGUGUUACGGGGCGGGUGAAUGCGUCGGCUGAAGGGGAAACAAAAAGAAAAGAAGACACGCGGGUAGAAGCAGGAAGGGAAAUGUGGGAGACUGUGGUUCGUUUAUACUGUCGGCGAGGGCGAGGAAGCAGCCCGUUGCAGGAGUGGACUGUCACAGAGGUGCGCCAGUCGUGCCUGUAUGAAAUUGUUUUAUUAUCUCCGGUUGUAUGCGAAUGGGAGCAAAAGAUGGAACGUCUUGGGGUGAAUCCCAUCCCUUGCAUCGUCGUUUGA